UGUCGCUUCUGAGCGGUGUACUUUCCACCUGUUGCUAGGCGACCCAAAGUUGAGUGGGGAUCAAGAACAUGGCGGACGCUGUCAACAAUGUCGUAAAAUCCGGCGCACAGAUUUAUUGUUUAAAGAUGCGGUAAAAUUCUUCCUGAUGAGUGAGUUUGCAGUUCCACCGGCGACCUGUGGGGCCUUGUGCCAGCACCCUGGCUGCUGGUUGGCUCACAAACACGCUCACCGCCCGCAACCACCGCGCUCCCUCAGCCCGCUCACCGGCUCCCAGCAGUCGUCAGGAGCAGGAGGCAGCCUCCCCACCCAGAACGUAGUGAACCUGCUGGGGGACUACGGCUUCGACCAGCGGGACCAGUUCCAGCUGGACACGGGCCAGCCGCUGGCCGAUAGACUGGUGGGAGGAACCCUGUCAGGGCACACCUCCCCACAACGUCAGCAACAUCGCCCAAGUGGGAAGAACUGGAGCGGGUACAUGGGUCCUCAUGUCAGCCCCAUGAUGACCUCGGUGCAGUCCCUCCGCAAGUCAGUAGAGGGAGCAACGUCCAGGUCCACACCAACUCCUGUCCCUGUCAGACCUGCACAGAAGGUGGAAGUGCAUGAAGUUGUUGACUUCACAGACAGGACCAAGGCAGUCAACAACCUGCUGGGCGGCAGCUUCCUGGAGUACAUCUGGUUCCCGCGCCCGCACAGGCGGCGCCACCGGACCGCGCCACAGACGGGGUCAGUGAGCAAGUCAGGAGUGGUGAGAGCAAAGGACAUUACAAAGGAACUCCUGCCUCAGAACUUCUACAAGAGGAAAACGAAAAAGAAGAAGCGAUCGUCUAAGAACAAGACAUCAGGUGUGCCGACAGGAGGACAGCCGUACACGUCCAACCGUCUCAGUCCCCGGCACGAGGGAUUGAAAGGCAUCUCACAGGACACACUGAUACAGCUGCUCCAAAAUGCACAGACGGACCCAAACCUGCAGAAGUUACUGGAGAAGAUGAUGCCAGGACUGAAGGAGGCUCUACAGGAGGUCGCUAGGACAUCACCGGCCCCACCGCAACAGAGCUCCAUACUCAACCACAGGAAAAUGAGGCUGCUGGAUGCUCGAGAGAAGUCCCUCCCCCCCAUGCCUCCCCGCACGGUGGGGACUGCAGGACCGUGGAGACUGGACCCCCUGGGGGACAGGGCAGCCCCGGGGACAGGGGAGCCUCGACACUUCAAGUCCCCCCACCCCCAGACCAGCCGAGAAGACGUGGAGCCUACAUCACUACAGGCUCAGCUGGAGAGGAAAUAUCAGAAAAUCUACGGAGACAAAAGGACAUCCCAUCCCUCCCCCACCCAGUCAGUAAUGAACCAUCCCCACAUGACGUCCGUCACCCCGGCCUACACCGCGCCGUGGGAGGAGCCUACACCAACGAUGGCCAGACCCUUCCACUACAAGAACGUGCCUUUUGAUGUGGUCAUGGCGCCCGUGCAGCGCCCUCCCGCGGCAGAACAGGACCAGUGGGACGAGGCGACCAUGGAGUCAGAGCUGGCCUCCACCAUCCACGUCACCAUGCCUACCCUGUCAUCUCCCUCACCUGACGACUUCUUCAGCGACCAAGUCGCCUUACAGGAACGCCGGCAUUCCCGCGCCUCCAUGAGUUCGUUACAGACAUCGGGAACGUGGCCCGGGAAGUCAUUCCAGGGUGAGGACACGGCGCGGUCCAACCGCAGCGGCGCGGAGUCCCCGUCCCACCCGGGCGCCACCCCUGAUCACUCCACCGCCCCCACGCCCACCCAGCUCACCACCGAGCCGACUCUCGACACCAUCCACGAACUCACCUCUCAGGAGGACGCCACCUCCCCCGACCGGAAACCGUUCCCGCCGCCCGCCAAACCCGGCUCCCCAACCAGGAGGAAACCGGGUUCACCCAUACGCCGCAUACCGGGCUCCCCGACCAGGAGAAAACCUGGCUCGCCGUUACAGCGGAAACCGCCGUCACCGAUCCCGCAGAAGCAGAUCCUGACACCGCCGCCUCCCGCCUCGUCACCGGAGCCGUGGCCCAGUCUGGAGUCAGACACGGAGAUGUCAGGGUGGUCACCUGGCGGGGCCUUUCAUCCAGGCCAGGACAGUGUGGGAACACCACCUUCACCACAGGUGGUGACAGCAAUGAAGGCAGCUCGGGCGCAGGAGGAAGAGUCGUCCCCUGCCCCUCCCCCUCCCUCCCCUGAACCCGUCCCCACCCCUACCCCCACCCCCAUGGCUCACAAACUCCUGCCCCUGGAGACACUGGAGGAGGGGGAGGAGGAUGAAUCUGGUCCUGAGAGUAGCAGAAAGGACCAGUCAGAGCCGCCCUCUGCGGGUCUGCAGGGGACAGUAGGACAGGAACCUAUAGCGGAAAUUCCCCCAGUCACGGACACAAUACCUGCAGACACAAGGGAGACUUUUGAUGCACCUGUAACUGAUGCAUCUGAUGACGACCCAAAAACACUUGCCAAGCAAGAGGACACUUCAGUAACGGCUGUUGAGAACAGCGAACAGACAGUUCCGGAAGUUUCCAACAGCGACGAGCGUACUACGGGUUCGGGAGAGACGGAAGAACUGAGAGGGGUUACCGUCGGCGGCGAAGAUUCACAGGGAAAAAAGGACGAGGAAGAAAACACGGAAGCUGUUGCCAAUCCUGUGGAAAAUUCCGGAAGCAAUGAGGAAGGGACUAGAGGGAGGGGAAUUCCGGAGGGGGCGGAGGGAGUAGAGGAUCAUGGGACGGGGAGUCAGGAUGAGGACAAGACAGUUACCGCUGAGGGAGAGGGUGGGGGGGAGGAAUCCACAAGUGUGUUUGUCGUAGAGGCAGAGCUAGCCAAGCUGGCAGUGGAAGAUGGAUCCAACACAGCAACUACGUAAUGUCCAGGUAGAAUGUUGGGAGGAAAGAUCACAAUGAUUUCUGGGUGCUUCGUCUUUUUUUUACAUAACCCUUUGGUUUUAAUAAAAUAUGUCAAUCAUGAUCAGAAGUUAUAAUCUUGUCUGCCAACAAAAGUUUGAAUUGAAGGUACACAACUACAUGUAUGCAGCAGAGAGACAAAAUUUGGAAAAAAAUUGCCAAUACAGGAAGUUAUCUCCAGAAACUACAAUCAUCAUGACAUUUCUUCCUAGUCAGGUAUUUUAUAACAGAACUUCAGAAUCUUAUUAAAGUCUUAGAAUGCAAAGUGAGUAAUGCAAAUGUCAUAGGAUGCAUAUUGCCUUGCCACCACCAACUACAGGGUACAUGUCUUUCAUUGUAGUUUUUGACACAGUACCCGUUAGCUUUUGAGAACUGAAAACUUUCACAGGGCUGUCUUGACUUAAUGUUCAUGCUGCUCUUACAUGUAUAUACAUUUAUCAACCAACUUUGUGUAUGUCAGUCGGAAAAGGGUUAAUAAAUAGCUGCUGUUUUUAGGUCACAGGGACCAAACUAAUAUGAAGGACCAUAGCUGCUAUACCUGUAUGUCAUACAUGUGGUGCUCUAUAGCCAGCCUAAAAUAUUUUUUUCUGUUUCAUUCGUUUCAAUUUUGUUUGACGUAACAUUACGUCAAGCAUCUGAUUCAAUACUAGAUGGGUAAGGAGACAGGCUCCCCUGGAAAAUGUUGAAAUCUUGACCUUCUGAAACACUACAGUAACUGUAUUUCCUGCAUUUUGAAUGGCAAAUUUUGCUGGUAGACUAAGCUUAGUGUACAUGACAUCCCUUCUAUAUCUUUACAUUCAAUUCUUGUCUGGCAAAAUUAUGGGCAUAAUUCUGUCCAUAAUGAGCAGCAAAAUUCUGUUACUUAAAUGAUGGAAUUCAAAGAACGGAUGCUGGCUAGAACACUGCAUACAUGUAUCAUCCUUGUUGGAGCCCAGUGUUCAGCAUUGACUUUUGAGAAACAAUUUGCUCAAAUGUUUUAAUGUGAAUGCAGUAAGUUAAUGAAUAUAAUAAAUACAUCUCUAAGCGAAGUCAUCUGAGAUAUGGAUGUUUGUAUGGCUGGUAAAUGUAUUAUAGCUGUUAGUAUGAGCGUAAAGCUUAAAAGUUGUACAUGCUACAUAUUGUACUACCGGUAUGUGUCUCUAUACAGUUGACUGAGUUGUAUUCAGAUGGUUAAAAAAACUGUAAAGAUCUUGACUUUGUACACUAUAAGACUGUCUGUCUUCUAUCACACUUAAAUGAAGUACAGAGUAUCAUUUUUCAAUAAAUUAACAGACAUUACUUAUUUUAAUUGUAUUAUCAUAAUUAUUGUUUCUCCUUGUAAAAGGUUUUUCUCAGUGAAGACAGCAUAAAGUACAUGUUUAUCACAGGAUAUAUUGUCUGUGUUUUUCAUCAUUUUAUUUUCCU